UAUAGUUAUCUUGAAAUCUAGGUUGAUCAUGGUACUAUAAUAAUUUUUAAUAUUUUGUUUUUUGUUUUUAAAAUAUUACUUAUUAAGAACAAUCAUUAAAAUCAUUACUUACAAUCAAAUACAGACUACCCAUAUUUCAAGUAGAAGUUUGCCGAUUAAAUAGAAUGUAUACUGUUCCACGCGUACGAAUAUAUAGUUCAGCCAAAGUCACUCGAAACAAUGUGGAAAACAUAAAUAUCUCUUUUAGAAGAAUAUCCUGUAUUUCAUAUCCAUUAAAUUAUAUCCUGAAAUAAAAACAUCCGGAUAAAAAUCAUUAACUAGAACAAAAUAUUUGUUUCCGUGCUUCAAAAUUACAAUUUCGAUCGUUGUAUUUCCAAUGAUUUAUCAGCAAAUAAAAAACUACAUGUCUUUUACUUUCUUAUCGUAUUAUUUAUAAGAAAAAUGUUUCUAUUGAUAAGUUGUUUUACUUAUAAAACUUUAUAGUUGGCUAACAUUCUGAACGAAGAUCCUUGAGCUAUGACUUACAAAAACAGAAGACAAAAGUGUUAUAAAACUGGCAUGCCUUAUCAUCAAGUGAACUCUGUUUUUCGCACAAAAUGUGCCAUUUUUUUUCUUUUGUGUUGUAAUAAUUUUUUGUUCCUUCCGUUCAUUAAGAUUUUCGAAACAGCCAUUGUCAAUUGUUCUGAUAUGGAUUUUUCUAAUUACAUACAUUAGCUAAAACACAUACAUUUACUUUAAGAACAGUGGAAAAUUUUUAUAAUGUAUCCAGUUGUGUAGCAAUCAAUCAAUGUUCGAAAUGUCAGUGUUAGGGAAAUCUAACAGAUGAAAACUUGUAAAAAAAUUUCUUGAAUUAAUUUCUGGAAAUGAUUAAAUAAUGUUAAAAUAAAUAUACCAAUAAUUUAAUUUUAAAAUACUACUUGUAAUUUUUAGGUGACCGGAAGGAGAUAUUAUUUUUUGUAAAGAUUCAUUUCGGUCAGUGAUAGCUUGGAUAUUUGACUUUUUUAAAUCCUAACAUACCUAUAUAGUGUUAUUAUAUUCUUAUACUUUUUUUCUUAAAUUCAGAUCCUAUCUUUGUUACGCGUUUCUAUCAAUCCCUCCAGCAUUAAUCACGUCAUUAAACUUUUAUCUACCCAUAACACUUUUGCGCCGGUGGCCUAUCUUAAAAAUAAUUAAAUCAAGAGCCUCAAAUUUCCAGCUACAUAUUACAUUUUAAAAUAAGAGUUUUAUUUGAAACCUCUUAAUUUAAAAAAAAAAAGCAAUUUCUGUCGAUACUCACUUGAAGCGUCACAUUUGUAGUACCUAAUAACAUUGAUUGUGACAAAACUAAUUUGCUGUGGCUAUUUAUUUAAAAACAUGUACUUAAUAAAAUAUUUGGAUUUCUUGCAUAUAAAUACAAAUUUUUUGUAUAGUACGAGUCGUCAGUAGCAUGUUUUUGUUUACUGUAUAGUCUCUUACCAUUCUCUAUAUUAUGUUUUGAAUUGCGUUAGCUGAGUUUCUAUCUUAGUUUUCGUUUUCGGUUAUUCCUCGCACAUCUUUAGUACGGAAAUAUAUCUAAAUUAAUUUCCUGAUAACCUUAGUCUUCUUUAGUGGUGACUUUAAUUUACUGUAGUUAAAAUACAUUAUUUUCAUACAAAAAUACACUUCAUUUCAGUAAACUAAUCUAUUGCCUAAACAAUAUGCCUUUGGCAUCGAAAUGUUUAAAUUUUUAAAAUGUAAUACUAACAAUACAUUAUAUCUGCACACUCAGAGUCAAAUGAGCGUGAGUAAAACCCGGUGAUUUUUUUUAAUUUCAUAUUAUGAUUUUAAAGUUCGUUUUACAUCGAACCAUAACAUCGCAACGUUUCCUUACACAAUUAACGAGAGUUAUAAGGGCCUAAGUCCAAAACUUUAGUUGAGCCAGAGAAACGUUAAGUCCAGUGUCUAUGCUACGUUCCUGUGGCUUUUGGAGAAAGACCCUCAUUUGGAAUUUUAAAAAAAUUGGUCAUACGUCCGUUGUAUAGGUGGACUCUCAAUGAUACGUCACGUCCGCUCGUCACUUGUCCGUACACCAUCCGUUCGUCCGUGAACCAGCCGAGCGAUUCACAAUGGUGCGCACGUCCAUCAUCAUACUUUCCCACUUUGAUGCCACCAACAGACUAGACUGUUUAAAAGCUGUGAAAAUGUACUUUAAAUAUUUAGAUAAGACUCAUGUUUAUUCAUAUAUUUUCAGUUUUACCAUAUGUAAUUAAUUACACUUCUAAAUUCUCGGUCGGUUUUUAAAUCAAACAACAAAUCAUUAAAUGUGAAAACAUUGAAUGGAAUAAAGUUAAACAAAUACACAACACUUCAAAACCUUCUGUGAUAGCGAUGGUUACCGACAAUACCUUGCUAAAAUAUUUGGAGGUUAUAAUUCCCUCCGUCUGUCCGUCUAAUGUUAAAGCUUGGGAAGCUUUCGACGGACGGACGGAUGGAUGGAAUUUUUCGGGCCUCCUGGUUGGUUGCAGCUCAAGGAUGAAAAAAAAAAGACUGACGAUACGGAUCAUUGUGAGUGCAGCUUCACUGGACACACGCUUGUGGAGGUUGGUGAAAAACGCAGUUACAUUGGGAGAGAGUUUUUUUUUUCUUCUGUCCUACGAUGUGGCCCGAUCGUGACUUACAAUUGUUUGGUUUUGAGAUCAAAGAUAUUUGCUGCUCCAUUCGCAACGACUCGCUUCGUUAAACAUGAAUGAUGAACGAAUUUGUUUUUUCAUGCACUGCAGCCACGUUGCAUAAGGAAUCAUUUUCACGUUAAUAUUAACGGUCCGUUCAUCCAAGCUCUUAGUUAUUUUCUGUGGAAAAUAGCUUUAUUUCUUCCACUCAGUAGUAUGUACGAUAUUGAGAGUAAGAAAACUUUAACCAUAGUUUGGAGCAGUCCAAUAGGCAUAGACAUAUGCGGUGGUUGCACAAAGUUGACUACAUUCGAAAAAUUUCGGAAUAUUAGGUUCUAUAUUGUGUGGUUAUCAGAAAAAGUUAUUAAUUCCGGUUUCUUGAAAUCUGGUGUUUUGUAAUAUUUAAAGUAAAUAAAAAGGUACUGUGUCUGGAAAAAAAAGAAUCAGGUCGAGCAGAACCUAUUCCUUAUGGAUGUUUCAGACACUGAAUCAUUUGACACGUAGGCCUGUGCAGUUUGGUCUCGUUGACAGCAGAAUACGUUCACCUUCUUUUUUGUUGGUUAACAGCUUUUUGCAGGAACCAAAUGGUACAUUAUUUUUAUCAAUGGUUUCACACUUCUUUCUGUAAUUUAAUUUAUGAUUCAAUUUAGAUGAAAGUCAAGUUCAUCCCACAUACUAUUCAGGGUGUAUUUUUUAUUAUUUUUUAUUUUUCAGAUCCAAGCAUUAAGGAAAGUCCCGUUGGUUCAGAGACCAAAAAGAUCUGAGCCACAAGGGAUAUUCUUCGCCAUGUCUCCGUCUGCCAUUCGCGCCGGGUUCAGCUGUGUGCAUGAUCGGUGACCGAGGGUCCAGGCAGACAAUGCGUCCACGGUUGCGACGCCAGAGAGACGGAGAGAGGUGCAGCCCAACGACACACAAGCACCACUGGCUCCUGAUUCAGCGGGGAACACUGGGUCACUGCAUUAAUGUUACUGGCCGUACACAGCGCCACCAUGGCACUCCACCUUAAGCAGCAGGUGAGUUCACAAGACCAAAGAGGUGGUCUUCGGCAGUCCAGUGGACCAAUACCAUCCGAAUAUGCUGUAGCACUGCAGAACCUGGAGCAUAUCCAAGGGAACGGAGCUGGGACCUUUCUAAAACCAUUCAUAAAAGGUGUCUUCGAGGCAAUCCCUCUGCAACACACCGAUAAUCGUCAAGGCAGCGAUUCUAAGCGCACCUCGGAGUCCGGGCAAGAAUCUUCCGCAAGUGUCUUCAACAGAAAUGCAUUGCUGUUGUUUUCGGGCUUCGCUCCGGAGCAUGGAAACGAAACAAAUGCGACCCUAGCGCAGAAACGGUCCGAGUUCGGCACCUAUGGGGCUGUUACAGCAGUAUUCUCGGAGAGCGCCCAAAAUCACAGCUCUGAAAUGAACUCGUCCCUUGCGCAAAGAUCAUCCAAGUUUAACGUCCACGGAGCGAUGCUACUCUUGUUCUGGGAAAAGUCCGAGGGUCGUGGAAAUGGAACCAAACUUUCUAAGACCGAGGAAGGGGAAGAAAUUUCGCACCAGGACCCAGAAUACCAUUUAGGUAGUACUGGAAAGAAAUUCACAUCUGAUCCAAAACCACCUUUAUAUGACUGCCACUGGGUGUUAUCUUUGUUUAAUACGGAGUUUCCUCGAGAUAACAGCACUGAAUCCAACAUACCCUACUGGCCAAGUGUAUUAGAAUACAGUGGCCACGAAACAAUAACACUGAAAAAUCUUAACAGUAAUAAUGAAACCGAAAAUGGACAUAACCUACCCCUUCCAAACAAUAAUAGCACAUAUUAUCCAAUUCCACUGCUGGAUUCAGAUUACUCUCCAGCGGACAGUACUGAGGUCAAGAUGUUUUCCCAGCCAAGUGUAUUAGAAUACAGUGGCCACGAAACAAAAGUACUGAAAAAUCAUAAUGGUAGUAAUGAAACCGUAAAUGGACCCAAUCUACCAUCUUCAAACAGUAAUAACGUUUAUGAUCCAAUAUCACUGCAGCAUUCAGAUUACUCUUCAGAGGACAGUACUGAGAUCAAGAUGUUUUCCCAGCCAAAUGUAUUAGAAUACAGUGGCCACGAAACAAAAGUACUGAAAAAUCAUAAUGGUAGUAAUGAAACCGUAAAUGGACCCAAUCUACCAUAUUCAAACAAUAAUAACAUUUAUGAUCCAAUAUCACUGCAGCAUUCAGAUAACUCUCAAGAUGAUAGUACUGAGUUAAAUAUGCCUAAUGAGUCAAUGUCGGCAAGCAUGGAAGCGAUGGAAAUUUUACCACAGACUCUCGAAUACCUUAGUAAGAAUAAUGAUAACAACAAGCUGCUGCGUAAUACAAAACCAUCAAAGCGCAACUGCUGCGAAUCAACGCUGCUGCCAAACUCGAAGUAUUCUCAGUGGUGUGGUACUGGAACCAUAUUGAAAUUUGAGCCAAGCUUACCAAAUUGCUGUGGCUAUGAGAAAUUUCCAAUAACUUAUACCAAGUCUCCUGAAUGGCUCGAUGAUGUAUACAAUGAGAAACACGGAACAAUACAGUUUAACUGUGGUGGCAAUGAGAACAUACCUUCACAGUAUGGGGAGUACCACGAAGAACUUGAUCCUAGCAACAAGGUGCAAUUUUGGCCAAAAUUUUCCACGUACAGUAGCUAUGAGUCAGUGCCACUUCCAUACCAGAAGUAUUUUCCAGGACAUGACACUGGUACCUACAUACCCUUAGAGUCAACAACAUUGUAUGAUGAUUACGAAAACAUCGCAUCGCAGUUCUUCGGGCAUCAUCUAUACCCAAAUAUGAGAAAUAUUUUACUACUUGGACAAGAACAACCCAAGUGUAGUGGCUGGGAGACCUUACAAUUUUUGUGUCCUGAGUAUAUCCACGGGAACUUGUUUGGAAUAAACUUACCCCUUACGUGUGAAUCAUCCUCGAACAUUGCCUUUAAUGACAAUUGUUUGCAGUACACCAAAUAUCCCAAAUGGAACAGUUAUUUAAGCACUGUGCUCUUUUGGCCAAUAAUGGUCAUUUAUGGUGGCUGCAUGAAAAUUCCUUUGCAGUAUUCUGAGUAUUUUUACUGGCCUAGUAAUGAAGACAAUGUGUUUCUCGAGACAAUGUAGUUAAAUUAUGUUGCAUCUGAAGAACUCCCCACUGCUGAACCUCAAAUUUCAUCAAAUGCAAGAUGACAUUUCGUGUAGAUCAUGGACGUUUAUUGGCUACGAUACUAAACCAUUCCUGUACGAAAAUUAAUUUCAAAAGCUUUUUACUGGAAUCUAUCUACCACAUGAGCCAGAACUAUCUUUGUAUGAAAUUGUGUUCCCUAAUGCCAAACACCCUAAGUGGCCUAGCAGUAAGUGCAAUAUUCCCUUUCAGCCAAUGCAAUUAUUCUAUGUUGGAAAUGAGAUAUUACAGCUGAACUCAUUUUAUUUUCAAGAGCAUAGUAUAGGAUGUAAUAUAAUACAUCGACCAACAAUAUAAAAUUCCUGAAGCUGAGGAU